GGAAGCGCCAGCGCAGUGUACAUCGAAUCUUACCAACAGCUGCGCCCAAAGCGCUACCCGCGAUAUCCCAGACCUGCGUAGAUGUGGAUGGAUUGUCGACUCCUUCUCGUUGGUUAAUCUCGAUGACAUCCUCACUGUCGUUUGCUCUCUGUGGCGAUUUAUGUACUAAAGUGUUUCCUGCGAGUCGUUCUGCAUUCGCGCCCGCUGUAGCGGUGGGAGAGGCAUGGUUCACUGAAGAGCUACGAGGUAUGUUUGCUUUUUGUCUUUUAUACCCGUGCGUCUUAUAUUUUAGUGUUUCAAGCAAAGCCCUCUUUUUACCUCCACGGAUGGUAUCAUAUGAAUCCACAUAGAGCUUCUUUUGAAGUCCGUCAGACACAAACUCCCCUAGGCUUCUUAGAUUGUAAUCCUCCACAAUGCGCUCGAUCCCACAUUUAAGGAGCUGGUUGCAUUUUUCUUGGAUUUCGCCACGGUUGCGCCUAUCAUAGUAGGUUGCCUCAUGUACGGUCUGCGGCAAAGCAGC